CGACUCUGGGUGCAUGCAGAAGGGGCGUGAUGGUAGAAAGAAGGACAAGAGGAGAAAAAGAGAUCAGAAGAGGAGAGCAGAUGGUUUGACUGGAAUUAGCGUUCGUAUGCAUGCUGCAAGGUAGUUGCCGCUGGCAGAACGAAACGGAGGGAACAAGUUCAUAGCAAGAUGGGAGCUUUUGCUGUGGGAUAGAUAGAAUCUCUACGAUCAUACACGGCUCGUUCGAUGCUCAACAAUAAUUCUAGACAAUUAAGCCAAAGUCUGAAGUAUGUAUGUGAAAUAACCCUGCAUGAAAGAUCGUACAAGACAUAAAACUCAACUCGGAACUUUUGUUCCAUUAGUUUUUGUGUUCAACGUUAGAGUGUUUCUUGGCGUUUGUCCUAACUUCUGAUUUCAAACACAGCAACUGUAGAGCUGACAUGAAUAGAAAAAAACACGUACAAACUGCUUUCUUGUUUUCUUGUCUCAGAUUUGGAUUUCCUUUCGUUCAGAUAUUGAUAAUCCAAAAAACAUUUACGAACUGAUUCAUAUUUUCUUCAGUCUCAUUCGCAUGAUCUGCAAUCCUCAGUGCUGAUUUGCUGCGAGAGAUAUUGAUACCUGAACGUUGAGUCUUCAACAUGAACUCUCCUCAUUUGAACUCUCCUCAUUUGAACUCCCCUCUUCUGAACUCCCCUCUUUCUGGAGAGCAUGCAAGCCAGCAAUACGCGUGGAUGCAAUCUCCGAACAUGGUUGCAAAUUCGCAUGCGUAUGUGGGGGCGUAUCAAGUGCGGGAGAACGCUCCAUACUUGAGCCCAGCCCAUUCACUUCGAAGCAAAGCUCCCGUUGCAAAUGCUGCCAUGACAUCGCCGUCAAAGCCGGGAACGCUUCAACCUGUGGUCACGGCGAGACAGUAUCUGGAGCAGUUGCAAUCACCUAGCUCAGGAGGUGUUUCAUCCAGCCAUCAGAGCCAUAGUUAUGCCGUAGAAAAGAAGACGGCUGCGACGGACGAAGAUGAACACGGCCAUUUUAAAGUCAUCAUCGGUUCGUUGAUUGACCAAUGUGAUGGAUUUCCAAGCGGCCGAUACCGGAUAAUCAAGCUGCUCGGCUCGGGAACUUAUGGCAAAGUUGUCAAGUGCGAGGACAAGAAGUACAACGCGAGCGUUGCAGUUAAAUUGGUGCGCCGAGAGCCUCACCUCUAUCGAGUUUCUGCCAAGAAUGAGAUUUCGAUCCUUCGCGACCUCGAUGGUCGAUUCGGCACUCUCAAGUUGCUGAGGAGCUUCGAACAUCACGGUCAUAUUUGCAUGUCGUUCGAGCUGCUGGGAGACCAUUUGAGUGAGGUGAUCAAAACCAAAGGGCCAUUCAAGAUCGAACAAGUCAGGGACAUUGCAUUUCAAUUGGCCCAAGCUGUAUCAUACGUCCAUAGCAAGAAGAUCAUUCACACAGAUUUGAAGGCGGAAAACAUUCUUCUCAUGAGCAAUCCAUCGGGUGCAGUGUGUGUGAAAGUUGCAGAUUUCGGGUCUGCCAUUUACAGCUCUGCAUGGCAUCCUCCAUUGGUGGGAACCAUGCACUACAGGGCUCCAGAGGCUGUGCUUCAGGCUGGUUGGUCCUAUCCACUCGAUGUCUGGGCGAUUGGAUGCUUGAUAUGCGAGAUAUACACCGGGAAGUACUUGUUCGAGCUGGCUCAUGAUGAUGUUCAUCUAUGGAUGAUGGAUAGACUGCUUGGUCCUUGCCCUCAGGAGCUGCUCAAACAGGGAUACCAAAAUCGGAAUCAGUACAAUGCCUCGUUGCUUCAGCGAGGGGGAAAUGGUAAUGUGCAGUUGGCUCCUUGUCGCAAGGAAGGACAGGAGAUGGUGCGAAGCAUGCAACCUCUUCGAGAGAUGAUACACGAUCAUGUUCUACUUGACCUGCUUCAACGGAUGUUUCAUUACAACCCCAAGAGCAGGAUGACUGCAGAAAAGGCUUUGAUGCAUCCAUUCUUUGAUCUGGAAGACGAUGAGGAUGUUCCUGAAAUAAGCUUGAUGGUAGGAGCAACGGCAUUCUUUCUUCCUUUGAUCUCGACUUUUUCAGACGAGGACCUUGAAGACGAGAGACAUUCGGUGCUGAAACAGGCAGUAUCAUCUCAGGAGCUCAGGGCGAAAUUGGACGGGCCCUUGGGUAAGUAUCACAUCGCUGACGGAAACAAGGAAGGAGUGACAUGGAGAGCGAUCACUCCGUCUGAAUCUUCGGUCGCCAGCACAGUGGUUGUUCCCAAGCUAAGAUCUGCAGGGUCAUCUCAGGACCAGUACAGUGAGAGCGAAACUCUGGAUGAGGGAAGCAUCACUUCUCAGGAGCAGCUCAACGACGACCUGAAUCAGUAAAUCCGCUGUUGCUCCAUGAGGGUGGACACUUUGUACUCUAACUGGACUCCUUAUGGUUUGUCUUUUAUCAAGCACAUGUUAACUCCG